CGCCCCUCUCCCUCCCUUCCUCCUCAGACCGCCUCCCAGGUGGUGUGAGAGUGGGGUGUAUAAAUGUGGACAAUCCAGGUACCUAGCUGGGUGCUCUGUCAGUCUCUGUGCCUCACGGGGCCUGACCGUGAGACUAAGUGGCUCAGGUUGUUCGCAAGGAAGUCUCAUUACUUGGUCACGCCAGACAGGUAUAGGUUCACUCAAGGCUUGAAUAUACGGACAUGGACCUCCAAAAGUCUCCUAAGGAAAUAGUACUUAUAACAGGAGGAGGUGGCUACUUGGGUUUCCGUUUAGGUUCUGCACUGUGUAAGAAGGGCAUCGAUGUGAUUCUAUUUGAUGUCAACAUUCCUAUUCAAGAUCUUCCCAAGGGGAUGAAGCUGAUAUGCGGAGAUAUUUGCUGUUUGACUGAUUUAGAGAAAGCUUUGCAAGAUGUUACUUGUGUUUUCCAUAUUGCUUCCUUUGGCAUGUCUGGAAAGGAACAAUUGAAUCAUAAGCUUAUUGAAUCUGUCAAUGUAAAAGGCACAGAAAAUGUACUCGAGGCUUGCAGAAGGAAAGGGGUGCCAAGAUUGGUUUAUACUAGUACUUACAAUGUUGUAUUUGGAGGCCAAGUUAUAAUCAAUGGGGAUGAAUCUCUGCCCUACCUACCUCUUCACCUUCAUCCUGAUCAUUACUCCCGCACCAAAUCUGUUGCAGAGAAAAAAGUGUUGGAAGCAAAUGGAACAGCCUUGGAAAGAGGAGCUGGUGUCUUGAGAACCUGUGCUUUGAGAUCAGCUGGCAUCUAUGGGCCUGGAGAAAAAAGGCAUCUUCCUAGGAUAGUGAGAUAUAUUGAAAAGGGCUAUUUCAAAUUUGUUUAUGGGGAUCCCAAAAGCUUGGUAGAUUUUGUCCAUGUAGAUAACUUGGUACAAGCCCACAUCUUGGCCUCCGAGGCAUUGAAAGCUGACAAGAAAUACAUUGCUUCUGGGCAGCCUUAUUUUAUCUCUGAUGAAAGACCAGUGAAUAGUUUUGAAUUCUUCCGGCCUUUAGUGGAGGGCUUGGGCUAUCCAUUCCCCACCAAACGCCUACCAUUAAGCCUCAUCUAUUUUAUUGCUUUCAUGACAGAGAUAGUUUACUUCCUCUUUGGCAGAUUUUAUAAUUUUCAGCCUUUUCUCACCCGAGCAGAAGUUUAUAAAACUGGAAUCACACAUUAUUUCAGUAUGGAGAAGGCUAGAAAGGAACUAGGCUAUGAAGCCCAGCCAUUUGACUUCAACGAAGUGAUAGAUUGGCUUAAAGCUGAGGGUCAUGGUAGAAAGUUCCAAGACUAUUCUUUGAAGUAUCUUAUUUGGAAUAGCAUAUUGAUUUUUCUCCUAGCUACUGCAGUUCUCACAUGGUUUUAAAUGACUGUGGUAAUGUCAGUUUGACAGAUUUAUUUUGAAAAUUACUUUGUGGUUAACAAGAAAUUUUCAGAGAUAGUACAAUACGGUUAUUCCAUGAGCGGACUCUAGAACGUGCACACUCUUUCAGUCAAGCGACCAUGACUCUCCAUGACUCUCCAAGAAUAUUCAAAAAUAACGUUUUGUAGAUUAGAUUCUAUUUAGUCUUCAAUUAUUCCUCUUAACUUAGAAUGAUCUCUGAUGGAAGAAAGGGAUAAAAGAAGAGUUUGAAAUCUUGUUUUGUUUCACAUACUUCUCUGGAAUUAAUGGCUAUGGGGAAAUAUAGUCAUUUCAGAAUUUGUGUGUGGAAGCAGCUUUUUAUUGAACUUCUCCCCAAACAAGACUGUAUUUUCCUCUCAUGACAUACUGCAGAAUCAGAUAACAAACUAUUUUAAGUGAACUAAAAAUGUGAACUGGCAUUGUAUUAGGUCUAUAGUGACUAAAAUCUCACAGAAGUACUUAAAAAUUAUAUUAAUUGCUUUUUUGGGGGGUCAGACUUCAGACUGUACAUACUUCUAAAGAGUGGGCACUGGUAGAAUCACAGAUUUGAAAGGAACCUUAGCUAUUAUCUCGUCCAACACACUCUACCCAAUUCAGGAACAUCCUCUAAAUUAUCCCUAACAACAUAUUGUUUAAACUGCUCCUUCAAUGAGGAAUUCCCUGGUUCCAUAUUCUAAUGGUUCUAAGUGUUUAAAAUUUUCUCUCUCCACCAAAGCUUCUCUAUAAUUUUCAUCUAUUGGUCUUCUGAGAUCUUAAGGUCAUGUUGUUUGUUAUCUAAUAGCUUCUUUUAAAACUCUUGCCUUCUGUCUAAAAAUCAAUAUGAAGUAUCAGUUCCAAAGCAGAAGAGUGUUAAGUGUUAGGCAGUUGGGAUUAAGUGACUUGCCCAGGAUCACAUAGCUAAGAAGUGUAUGAGGCUAGAUUUGAACCCAGGACUUCCUGUCUCUAUCCAAUGAGCCACCUAGAUACUUGUGAUAUAUCCUCAAAGUCAAAAUUUUCUGAGUUUCUGAAACUAUUUCCCCCCUAUCAGACUGUAAACUUAAGAUUAGAAAUUUUUGUGUCUUACUUUUCUAUAUCUCCCUAUCAGUGCCUUAUACUUAGAAGAUGAUAAUUUUUUGUUAAGGGAAAUUGAGAGUCUGUAGGACAUUUUUAAAAAUCUAUUUAAUGGUCAUCAGCCUUUGUCUUCUGAGGUGGUUAGAUUUGAUUUUUAGAAAGUCAGGAAUCAUUCCAAGCUAAAAUUUGUACAAAAUAUAGAGGAUCAAAGUGUGCAUUUCUUUUUAAAAUCAAAGCUGUAUAACUUUAAUGACUUAUAUGUCUGUAAAUUGAUUCUAGAGACAACCACUAAAAGAGGAAUAUAAACAUGUUUUAAGCACUGGAAUCAUUGUGGAAUAUAUACCUACCAUUCAGAUAACUUUGAGAACAACCCUUAUGCAAAAACAAAAAUACACUUUUAGUCUGUUAAUUAAAAAGAAGCCUCAUUUACUUUAUAAUCUUGUCUCCUGUAGGUUUUUAGUUUUUAGUGUUCAAGGGUUUAUUUCCUUUUACUGAUACAAAAUGAAGUGAGAAGAACCAGGAGAACACUGUAUACAGUAACAGAAAUAUUGGGAAGGACUUAAUUAUUAUCAGUACUACUAGGAUGCAAGACAACCCCAAGGAACUCACAAUGAAAAAUGCUAUCCACAGUCAUGGAAGGAACUGUUGGAAUCUGAAUACAGAUCAAAGUAUACCAAUUUUCACUUUAUUUCCCUCAUGUGUUUUUCUUGUAAUGUGCAAUAUAUGCCUUCUUUCAUGACAUGAGGAAAACAGAAAUAUGUAUUGCAUGACAGCACUGGUAUCUACAUCAAAUUAUUUACUACCUCAGGGAAAGGAGAGGGAGAGAAUUUGGAUCGCAAAAUGCCAGCAAACAUCUCUACCUCCUCCACCCCUCCCCUGUGAAAAGGAAGUCAUCAAUAUAGCUUAUAAUAAUUUAUAUUAAUUAGGUUGAUUAAUCUGUUGAGCUGUGACUAUUAAUCAUUAUAGUCUCAGUUGUGUAAUGUGUUCUUAUAAUAGCCCAUUGCAAGAUAGUAAUGUGACAUUGGAAAAGACUUAGAGCAAGAGUUGUUUUGACAUUGAUUACCUAAUACAGGUUUUACCUAAUCACAAACCUAGACUUAGUUACAAAUGAAAAGACUUACCUAAUUUUCCUUUUUGUAUUUCAUCUAUUAGCAAUAAAGAUCAGUCUCAGAUUAUACUCGGAAUGUUUGCAGGCCCAUUGACUCUGAAUGUCUUACAGCAGAUUGCUGUCAAUUUACUUGACUUUAAAUACUUGCUUUCUAUUGUAAUAGCGUCAAUUUGCUCAAAUUUGUUCCCAGACUUUUUUUUUAACACUGUUAAGCAAUUUUGUAUAGUUUAUGGAUGUACUCUGGGUAGCUCAGUGGAUUGAGAGCCAGGCCUAGAGAUGGGAGGUCCUAGGUUCAAAUCUGGCCUCAGACACUUCCUAGCUGUGUGACCUUGGGCAAGUCACUUGACCCCCAUUGCCUAGCCCUUAUUACUCUUCUGCCUUGGAGCCAAUAUACAGUAUUGACUCCAAGACGGAAGGUAAGGGUUUAAAAAAAAAAGGGAGGGGGGCAGCUGGGCAGCUGGGUAGCUCAGUGGAUUGAGAACCAGGCAUAGAGACGGGAGGUCCUAGGUUCAAAUCCGGCCUCGGCCACUUCCUAGCUGUGUGACCCUGGGCAAGUCACUUGACCCCCAUUGCCUAGCCCUUACCACUCUUCUGCCUUGGAGCCAAUACUCAGUAUUGACUCCAAGACGGAAGGUAAGGGUUUUAAAAAAAAUAUUUAUUAGUCAUGUUGUGAAAGAAAAUGCAGACCAAAAAAUAAACAUAAUAACCAGGGGGCAGCUGGGUAGUUCAGUGGAUUGAGAACCAGGCCUAGAGACAGGAGGUCCUAGGUUCAAAUCUGGCCUCAGCCACUUCCUAGCUGUGUGACCCUGGGCAAGUCACUUAAGCCUCAUUGCCUAGCUCUCACCUAGCCUUACACAGUAUUGGCUCCAAGACAGAAGGUAAGGGUUUAAAAAAAACCCCAUAAUAACCAAACUAGAAAAAUAAAGUUUAAAACAUAUGCUUCCAUCUGUAUUCAGAUUCCAUCAGUUCUUUCUGUGAGGUGGAUGGUAUUUUUCAGUAUAAAUCUUUCAGAACUGCUUUGGAUAAUUGUAAUAAUGAGAAAGGCUUAAGUCAUUCACAGUUGACAGUCAUACAACAUUGCUGUUAUUGUGAACAAUGUUCUGGUCUGCUCACUUCACUUUGCAUCAGUUCAUUUAAUGCUUUCCAGGUUUUUUUGAGAUCAUCCUGCUCAUCAUUUCUUAUAGCACAAUAGUAUUCCGUUACAAUCAUAUAUCACUCAACCAUUCUCCAACUGAUGGGUAUCCCUUUAAUAAGAAGAACUUAUCUUGAAACUGAGAAACUUCAGUUCAAGUUCAAACUUCUUUUUUUCCUCUACCUUAGAUUCCUUCUUAGUAAAAUGAAGAAGUGGGGCUAGAUAAGCAAUUCUCAAAAUGUGGUCUGAGGACCCUUAGGUGUUCUUGACACACUUUCAGGGGGUCAUCAAGAUCAGAUAUAUUUCCAUAAUAAUACUAAGAUGUCUUAAUUUCUAAUAUGGUUAAUACUGAUAGAUAAAAUCCACAUAAACAGAAAUUCUUAGGGGUUUAAGAGUGUAAAGGGAUCCAGUGACCAAAAAAAAUUAAGAAACUCAACUAGAUAAAUUCUAAAGUCUUAUUGCUUUAAUGUGGCUUACCUGAGAUCACACUUUAAAUAAUAAUAGAUAACAUUUCUAUAACACAAUUUUCAAAAUGUUAUAUAUAAAUGAUCUCAUUUGAUCAACAAAUAUUAUAGCACUUAAUAAGCCUUUGCUAGGACUGCUGGGUCUGUACCCCAAAGAGAUAAUAAGGAAAAAGACUUGUACAAAAAUAUUCAUAGCUGCGCUCUUUGUGGUGGCCAAAAACUGGAAAACGAGGGGAUGCCCAUCAAUUGGGGAAUGGCUGAACAAAUUGUGGUAUAUGUUGGUGAUGGAAUACUAUUGUGCAAAAAGGAAUAAUAAAGUGGAGGAAUUCCAUGGAGAAUGGAACAACCUCCAGGAAGUGAUGCAGAGCGAGAAGAGCAGAACCAGGAGAACAUUGUACACAGAGACUAAUACACUGUGGUAUAAUCGAACGUAAUGGACUUCUCCAUUAGUGGCGGUGUAAUGUCCCUGAACAAUUUGCAGGGAUCUAGGAGAAAAAAACACCAUUCAUAAGCAAAGGAUAAACUAUGGGAGUGGAAACACCGAGGAAAAGCAACUGCCUGAAUACAGUGGUUGAGGGGACAUGACAGAGGAGAGACUCUAAAUGAACACUCUAAUGCAAAUAUUAUCAACAAAGCAAUGGGUUCAAAUCAAGAAAACAUGUAAUGCCCAGUGGAUUUACGCGUCGGCUAUGGGGGGUGGGGGGGGAGGAAAAAAAAUGAUCUAUGUCUUUAAUGAAUAAUGCUUGGAAAUGAUCAAAUAAAAUAUAAUUUAAAAAAAAA